AAAUAAAAUCAGAAGCCAGCGAAGAUAGGCGGAUCGAUAUUUCUGUUGCUGCGAAGGGUUUGACGGAGCUCCAUAAAAGAUUAGGGUUUCUUCUUCUUCUUCUUCUCUUACUCACGCAGAAAAAAAUAAGUAUCGCGAUCUCUGUUCCUAUCCUCCGUCCGUAGCAAUGGCGGGGGCUCUGCAGUACUUAGAGGCGCAGCGGAAUGAGCGGCCGGAUUUGGCAGAGUGGUACGCUAGCCUUGCUGACCUCUACCAGCGCAAACUGUGGCAUCAGCUAACUCUCAAGCUCGAGCAAUUCGUUGCCCUCGCCGUCGUUCAGGCUGGCGAUGCUCUGAUACAGCUAUACCACAACUUCAUCACUGACUUUGAAACAAAGAUCAAUCUCCUUAAACUUGCACAUUUUGCUGUUGUAGUUUCACGGCAAUAUUCUGAAAAAGAGGCUGCUAUCAGCUAUCUUGAGGGGGUCAUAGAAAAGCUGCGUGCUACUAAGGAUAUAAGAAUAGAGGAACCUAUUCUGUAUGUUAAAAUGCAAAUAGCUGCUUUUAAACUUGAAAAGGGAAACCAAAAGGAGUGCAAGAAACUUCUGGAAGAGGGGAAGACUGCACUUGAAAGCAUGACUGAUGUUGAUCCCUCGGUGCAAGCUAGCUUUUAUUGGAUUUCAUCUCAGUACCAUAAGUGUCGCCAAGAGUUUGCUGAAUUUUACAAAAGUGCACUUCUUUAUUUGGCCUACACAGAAGUUGAUUCCCUUUCAGAAACAUUCAAGCUGGAUUUGGCCUUCGAUCUGUCCCUCUCGGCUUUGUUGGGAGACAACAUAUACAACUUUGGUGAAUUGUUAGCUCACCCUGUUAUCAAAAGUCUUAUAGGGACCAAAGCUGAAUGGAUUUACCACAUAUUGCAAGCAUUCAACAGCGGCAAUUUGGAUCGCUAUCAAGAACUUUGUGGAGUUCAUAACGCUGCAUUGAAUGCACAGCCAGCGCUUGUGGCCAAUGAAAAGAAGCUUUUGGAGAAAAUAAAUAUCCUCUGCUUGAUGGAAAUCAUCUUUAGUCGACCUUCUGAAGACCGCACAAUUCCAUUGAGCAUCAUUGCUGAUCGAACGAAACUUUCCAUAGAAGAUGUGGAGUAUCUUCUCAUGAAGAGUUUAUCCGUUCAUCUUAUUGAAGGAAUAAUAGAUCAAGUUGAAAGUAGAGUACAUGUCUCAUGGGUGCAACCUAGAGUUCUUGGAAUUCCACAGAUCAAAUCACUGCGUGAUCGUCUCGAUAGUUGGCUCGGCAAGGUGAGAACAGCUUUGCUGUCGGUGGAAGCCGAGACACCAGAUCUGGUAGCUUCGUGAGAAAUGUUUGGAUGCGACAAUGAUGCGUUUCGAUAAGCUUCUAUUCUUGUAACAAUCUAUGGUGGUGCAGAGGGCAUAAAACAGUAGGGAAUGUUGAUGUUAGGCUCUCCUGCUUCCAGGUUCUUUCCCUUUUGCGCAGGGCACAUUUUUUUUUUCUUAUCUCAAGAUUUGGUUUAGCUAAAGGGAAAACCUUUUGUGUCCUUUACCAAAAUUCGUCAAGAACAAUGUCUAAACUAGAAAUAUACGGCUGCAGAUGCAGAGAGAGAGCAGAAUAGCUCCUGCUUUUUGUCUGGAUUAAUUGCUGGUUUAGUUAAGAUUUCUUUCUUCAUUUGUGACCGGAACUACCCUUUGUUUCAGAUGUGGGCAUUAUUUGGCAUGCAAAGUGUGUUUUGGAAGGAAACUUAUUUAUUCUCA